UGUUAUCAUUUCGGGAGUGCCUGGUUAUUGCCCAACUGAUGCCGCCAGAAAUGCAGACCGACAGUGAAUCUGCUUUUUUUGAGCACUUGUCGUCGCUUUCAGCCGAAUAUGAACGCAUGACUUCCGAGAAUCGGCACUUGCGAUGGGCACUGGCUGAGCUUAGUGCUAAUCUUUCUGAUGUGGCAGAUGCGGACCAUAUUUGCCCGCCUGUUGUCCGUGUCCACAGGGAAGCCAGACAUGGUGCCAUGGAGGAGGACACUCUGCGACUGGAGGAAGUUCGCGAUUUUCAGGAUGAAGAUGUUCCUCCGAUGCCCGUCGAGCCGAUCGAAGAGCCUCCGGGCAAAAGUUCUUCCUUGACCUCCAAGCAGCGCACAUCCCAUCGCGAGUCCAACCGGCGAAUGAGCGUCGACUCCAAGGUAGCGAAGGGGAGAGCCACUAUUGCCGCUCGUCCAAUGUUUGGACAUUCGGAUGACAUGCAGGCAGUGAUUGCCAAUGAAAUGGAGCCGAAAUACGAUGUGAAGAACUUCUACAAGGAGACUGGUUGGGCCCAAUGGCUUGCCCGUCACACCUGGUUUGAGAACGCCACCAUGGCCAUCAUCGUCCUAUAUGCUCUGUACAUGUCCAUAGAUGCCGAUCUGAAUCAGGCCAGCAUCAUUACGCAGACUGAGCCCAUCUUCAUCAUUUGCGAGCAAUUCUUUUGCUUGUACUUCUUCAUGGAGCUGCUGAUCCGCUUUUUGGCGUUCAGUAAGAAGUGCCAGUGCUUAAAGGAUGGAUGGUUCGUAUUUGAUUUGGCCUUGGUGGUGAUGAUGGUAGCGGAGACCUGGGUCAUGAACCUAGUGAUUUUAGCUUUAGCCUCUUUGGGCACUGGUGGUGCCAACUUUCUGGGGGAUGCCUCCAUUCUACGUAUGGCCAGGUUGAUGCGCCUUACAAGACUGCUGAGGAUGGCAAGGCUCAUUCGCCUGGUCCCUGAGCUGCUGAUCUUGGUGAAGGCCAUCGCCUCCGCAGGAAGGUCAGUGGGUUUUACACUGCUGCUGCUCGGCAUUUGUCUCUAUGUCUUUGCCAUUGCCUUCAGGAUGACAUUGGAUGGCAGCAAUGUAGGUACUACCCGCUUUUACAAUGUGCCGAUUUCGAUGCACAGCCUCUUCAUGCAUGGCACCUUCCUGGAUGCGGUUAGUGAUGUGAUGGCGGAACUGUUGAAGGACAAUCUGAUUGGUUUUUUUUUGAUGUAUGUCUUUAUCAUCCUUUCUGCGGUGACGAUCAUGAACAUGCUGAUUGGCAUUCUGUGUGAAGUGAUCACAGCAGUAGCGGAUGCGGAGAAAAAUGCCCUCCAAGUGAGCUGGACCACUGAAGUGAUGCAGAGAUGUCUGGAGGAGGGUGUUGACACCGACAAGGAUGGCCAGAUCGACCGCGACGAGUUCCGAGGCAUGAUCGAGAAUCCGCAAGUGCGGAAAGUGCUCAACGAGGUCGAUGUGGAUGUGCAGACAUUGGCCAAUUUCAUCGAUGUUCUUUUCGAGGAUGAACUUGGUGGUGUUCCCCUGAGCAAGUUACCCUUUCCUGAGUUCAUGACGCGUCUCCUGAAACUCCGGGGCAGCAACACAGCGACAGUAAAGGAUUUGGUGGAUUUGCGGAAGUGGAUGAGCCGAGAAUUGAAAGAAGUCAGGCCGCAAGACCCUCUGCAGACAUCGCGAUCGGGCAACAGGCACGCUGUGUCCAUGAUCUCCCGAUGGUCUUUGAGUCAAACCAAGCCUGAACUGUUUGGCCUCAUGCCCGGCCAGGUCCCUGAGAGGUUGACAGAUGCUUGAGGCGAUCGUGCGCACCCACUGAGACCUCUCAGAAACCUGG